AUGGCGGCGAGAUUUCGGGUGUGUGCGGAUUUGGCGGUGAAGAUGCAGCAGCUGGGUUAUCGUGGCGAGCUCAGCUUUCAACAGUUCCUCUACCCGUCCGAAUCUGACACCCGCAACCUCGUCCGCUUCCUGGUUGAGAAGCUCGCCGCCAGCCGAAGCUCCGCAUCUGGAGCGCGCAGCGGCAGCCGCGUCGCCUCUCGCUUCCUCUCUGCUCUCAACUCCAAUAGUGCCACGUCAGCCCCUCUUCCCGGCGGCAAACACGCUGGCGGGAAGCUGGUGGUGCCGCAUCGGUCGCAGCCGCUCGCGAUCGGAAUGAAUAAACAAAAGGGAAUCUACGUGUUUGGGAGCAAGGGCUUUGCGGGGGUGCGACCACAGCAUGUGCCGGGGGGGGCAGAAAGCGGGGAGGUGGAGGCUGCGCAGAAGGGGGUGGAAGAGAUGAGAUUGGAGGACGGAGCAGCGGAAGAAGGAGGGGAGGGCGAUGCGGAGAUGCUCGCGCUUCAGGAGCGGUAUGAGAGCGGCGCAGCGGCGCUGACUGCCCUCCAGGACCGCAUGGGGGAACUCGAGCUCGAGUACCGGCGGUUGGGUGAGGAGGCCGAGGCACUCGAAGAGGAGACGGUCCGGUUAGAGGAGGAGUAUGUCCUGCGCAAGGAGACGGCGGGGGUCCUCUUGGAACGGGGAGGCAACGUAGAGGAGCUUGCCGAAGAGCUGCAACGGUGGAUCGACAAGGCGCACGAGCGGAAGCGGGGCCUCGAGGAGGAGUGGGCGGCGUUUGCGGGGCCACUGGAAGCGCAGCGCGGAGAGCUACGAGGCGUGGGGGGGCAAGAGAGGGAAGCAAUGAAGGCACGUGAGGAGGAGACGCGGGCACUGCGCGCCGAGUGCCGGGAACUAGAGGCGGACAUUUUCGACAAGGAGGGGCAGCAGGACGCCCUGCUGGCGGAGCUGGAGGGCGCCCCAAAGGGCGCCCCGGGGGCUGCAUACGUCCGGCGCAUCUCGGACAUUGUGAAGCAGGUCCGGAAGCAGGAUGCGGACAUUGCCAAGAUAGUCGCCGACAUCCGUGACCUGCAGCGGCAGAACAACACGGAGCAAGACAAGCUGCGCCGGACGUACGCGCUAGUGGACGAAAAGGUCUUCCGAGAGGCGAAGAGGGACGCGGCAUGCAAGGCGGCAUACCGCGUGCUCUGUUCCAUACACCAGUCAUUUGGCGACUUGGUCGAGGCGACUACCGAACGGGAUAGAGUCAGCCGGGAGGUCGCCGAGAUGGAGGCGAAGGUGCGGGCUUUGCAACGGAGAAAGCUGGACCCCGGAAAGGUCGACGAGGACCUUCGGGCGAUCCUGAAGGAGAACCAAGGGUUAGAGGGCCGAUUAAAAGGAGAAACGGUGGAACGCAGGGAGUCGAGCGGCCCUUUAUGACGGCCGUAGAGUGUAUAUUUUUGAUCGGCGGGGGCGCCUUGCGGGCUGUCUUCUGCAUUGGCUUGUGGUUACACCAUCUAUGUCAGAAAGUGACGUUCGGGAUGACGAUAUGGUUUACUUCGAAACUGCGCGCAGAGCCGCAUUCAUGGUCGGUAGGUUGUGGAUCGUCCGCGUUAGAUGUUGGUCGUGGUUCUUGGGCCGUCUUCGAGUGGAAAAUACGCGUUGAUGAAUUGGAAAAGGCUGCGGGCUCAGGCAGUGCCAGCAAGAAAACCAUGAACACUAGAGCAGUCUACAUUAGAUUGCAUUUGAUAGCCACGUUCAAGCAAUAAUCUGCUCUCGUAUUGUACAAUAACGAGAAAGCGCUUUGCUUUGGUUGAGGACAGGUAGACAGGAUGCUCUUGACUAAGCACAGACUCAAGAUCAUCGGAAUCAUGCUUGGCCGGAUACAUUUGAACGUGCCGCAAUUGCGUGCCUCGUCGUCCUCUAGAAAUGCGCAACACUUUGUGGUCCUGUG